AUGGUGUCCCGGACUCAAGCUGUGACGAGGGCGCAUGAGCACCGAAGCUCUUCUAUUUCGACCAAUGGAGCUACAAAGAAAGCCGAGGUGCAAAUGCAGUCAAGUGGGCCAAAACGCAGCAAGUAUCGUCAUAUUGCUGCAUACCAUUCGAAGUUGCAGCAUUCAAGUCUGAGUAGAGACUCAGAUGUGACACCAAGCUUUCUGGGCUUUCGAAACUUGAUGGUGCUGGUUCUUGUGGCCAUGAAUCUACGGUUGAUUAUUGAGAAUUUCAUGAAAUAUGGAGUGUUGAUUUGUAUCAAAUGUCACGACUAUCGCAAGCAGGACAUAGUUCUUGGCUCCAUCCUCUUUGCUUUGGUUCCAUGUCAUUUGUUUUUGGCAUAUGUCAUCGAACUUACUGCAGCAUCCUCUGCAAAGCAAGCAGUGGGUCAACAAAAGAAAACCGUCGAAGAGAAGGAGCGCGACCAGCAGGCUUUCCGUUCCACCUGGCCCUACACAGCCUUCCUUCAUACCGUGAACGCCACCUUGUGUCUUGCAGUGACCAGCUUUGUGGUGUAUUUCUAUAUCCACCAUCCGGGAAUUGGCACGUUGUGUCAGCUUCAUGCGAUCAUUGUAUGGCUGAAGAAUUGCUCGUAUGCCUUCACCAACCGAGAUCUGCGUCUCGCAUAUCUGAACCCAUCAGCCGACCCUGGUCUUCCGGAAAUCUACGCGACAUGUCCCUACCCAAGAAAUGUCACCAUCAAUAACCUCACUUAUUUCUGGCUUGCUCCCACCUUGGUCUAUCAGCCUGUCUAUCCUCGCAGCGCAUCGAUUCGUUGGUCAUUCGUCGCCAAGCGACUUGCUGAAUUUGUCGGCUUGUCAGUGUUCAUCUGGCUUCUCUCCGCACAAUAUGCCGCGCCUGUCUUGCGGAACUCUAUUGAUAAGAUUGCUGUCAUGGACAUCGCGUCUAUUUUGGAACGUGUGAUGAAGUUAUCCACCAUCUCCUUGAUCAUUUGGCUUGCUGGGUUCUUUGCUCUUUUCCAAGCCUUGCUGAAUGCAUUGGCAGAAGUAAUGCGCUUCGGAGACCGAGAGUUUUACACCGAUUGGUGGAACAGCUCCAGUUUAGGAGGCUACUGGCGGUCUUGGAAUCGACCGGUGUAUUCAUUCAUGAAAAGACAUGUCUUCUCACCCCUGGUGGGUCGUGGAUGGAGCCCUCUAGCCGCGAGUGGUAUGGUCUUUGCGCUAUCCGCUAUUCUGCACGAGAUGCUAGUGGGGAUUCCCACUCACAACUUUAUUGGUGUUGCAUUCUUUGGCAUGAUGUUCCAGUUACCAUUGAUUGCGCUCACAGCGCCGCUUGAGAAGAUGCGCGACCCGCUGGGUAAGACUCUCGGGAACUGCAUCUUCUGGGUGAGCUUUUGUCUGGUUGGGCAGCCAUUGGGAGCCCUACUGUACUUCUUUGCCUGGCAAGCUAAGUAUGGCAGUGUUAGUAAAAUGCGUGUCUGA